UUUGAUGGAUUGUGAAGUUCAUCCAAGCUUUCCCUUCGCGUCGCAAUGCUGCACGCGAUAAGAGACGCAAUUUAAUUUCGUGCAAUUUACUUGAUAGUCUACGUUACGUUGCUCGUCACGCAGAACGCGGAAGCUGUAGACAGCAUGUGAACGUGCGGUGUUUGGAGCGGUCGGUCGGGGAUCUGUCAGCAAGUGCGGAAGAGAGAGAGAUUGUGAGAGUGGGAUGGGGCAGAGACCAUAUAUGCCACCAAACUGACUCACAAGGGACUCAAAUGAUGCGGAGAUAACGUCGCCAAAUAUAGUCCAGAGAUUCAACGAAACAACGGACAAAAACGUGCUCGAUUCUCCAGACCCGGUGAGCGAUUUAAAGCACUGAAAUCGACCAAGCCAGCUGUCAGACUCAGUUCCACGAUACACAGAGGUGAUCUUUCACAGCUUGAUACCUUUAGGAGAGAGAAACUUUCUUGUAUUGAAGUCUCAUUGGGUUGACCCGAAUCAACAGCGACUUCAAAAUGCGAAAGCUGUGAUCGGACACGCGCCGGAGAUUGUUGAACAAAAGAAACGCGACCAAGUUGAUAUAAGGAAACCCUCAGGGCAUGCUGAUAGAAGUCGAAUGCGUGCUUACGUCAGGGGCCUUCAAGGAGGCUACUGCUGACAUCAAGACGCUACCUACUCUGCGCCAGCACGUCAGAAGUCUCUGGGAGAAGGGGAAGUACAAGACACAAUCUGUGUCUCCACGUGGUUUACAAAGCGUCUUAUUUUCCUUCACAAUUGCCGGUAAAACAGCAAACUUGAAGCGUGACUUCUGCCAAGUCAUCCCGAAACUCAUUUCAAAGUUUCCUGUAACUCCAAACUGAAGUUGGAUGUGGAACAUUUAAUGCAAAAACAACCACACCACCCUCCUCCCUGCCUCCAAGCCCUUCUUACUGCGGUGUCAUGGCGAUGAGCAGCGAUCCUGGUUGCGUGGGAUUGGACCGCGACCCGAAUUCCUCCCAGACCACUGAGAUGACUGACAAGAUGUCCGCUGUCUCCUUAAGGUCUGAUCCCUCCUCCAAUGGAGUAAAGAAUGGCACAGGUGUUAAGAAAGCUCCGCCCCAUCGGCUACACCUGUCGGGCAGAAAGAUGUCAUUACAGGAAAGAGGGACGAACAUGUCAUCUGGGGCCGGGGCACGAGUGGCCCGACAGCCAACCAUUGAGUCCAAACGCGUGUCCAUCUCAGACUCACAGGACUGCAUCCAGUUAAACCAGUACAAGUUAAAGAGUGAGAUUGGGAAGGGCUCAUAUGGUGUUGUCAAGUUGGCAUACAACGAGGAUGAGGACAAAUAUUACGCAAUGAAGGUUGUGUCUAAGAAGAAGCUGAUGAAACAGUACGGUUUUCCACGUCGCCCUCCACCACGAGGUCCUAAAGCCGCACAGGGAGAUCAGCCCAAGGUGCUCGGUCCUCUAGAGAGAGUUUACCAGGAGAUAGCCAUCCUGAAAAAACUGGAUCACCUCAAUAUUGUUAAACUUGUUGAGGUGCUGGAUGAUCCAGCGGAGGACAACCUUCACAUGGUGUUCGAGUUAAUGCAGAAGGGGCCUGUGAUGGAGGUUCCCACCGACAAUCCCUUCAGUGAGGACCAGGCCCGUCCCUACUUCAGAGACAUCGUUCUGGGCAUUGAAUACUUGCACUAUCAGAAGAUUGUCCACAGGGACAUCAAACCAUCAAAUUUGUUACUUGGAGAUGACGGCCAUGUCAAGAUUGCUGAUUUUGGAGUCAGUAAUCAGUUCGAGGGGAACGAUGCCUUGCUCUCGAGCACUGCUGGUACUCCUGCUUUCAUGGCCCCAGAGACGCUGUCAGACAAUCGCAAGAACUUUAGUGGAAAGGCUCUAGAUGUGUGGGCUAUGGGAGUGACCCUCUACUGUUUUGUGUAUGGCAAGUGCCCGUUUAUUGACGAGUACAUACUGGCACUUCACAAUAAGAUCAAGAGCAAGCAUGUGGAGUUUCCCGAGACGCCAGCUGUAGGCGAAGGACUGAAGAACCUGAUCUUACGAAUGCUGGACAAAAACCCAGACACCAGGAUCACCAUUCCUGAGAUCAAAGUGGACCCAUGGGUAACUCAGGAUGGUGCCGAUCCAUUGCCUUUAGAGGAGGAGCAUUGUACUGUGGUGGAGGUCACUGAAGAGGAGGUGCAGAACUCUGUGAAGUUUGUUCCCAGCUUGUCGGCUGUGAUAUUGGUCAAAGCCAUGUUAAGGAAGCGUUCCUUUGGGAAUCCAUUUGAGUGUCCCAGCAGGAGAGAAGAGAGAUCCAUGUCUGCACCAGGCAGUCUGCUCAUGGACUCGUGGCCGUUCCGUCCCUCUUUUAAACUGCACCCCUCAUUAAGAAAAGGGAGCAGUGGAGAGGCCGGUAGAGAAGUCGAGCUUGAGGACCUGCAUGAGGAUGAGCCGCCCACCUCCUGAGUGACUCUGAAGCUUUCCUCAUUGUCUGCGCUUCUCCAUUCAGACAUUUCCAACCAUUUGAGCAGAUCCAUGACCCAGACCACACGCCUGCAACCUAUUACCUUAAACUGGAUUAUUCUGUUGCAUGUCCUCAGUAGUACAAGAGUUAUAAAGUAAGGAUUCCAUUGUUCUCUCCUUUACAUUUUUUGGAUCUUACCCAUGAUCCAUCACAACCUUUCCUCUCAGCAUUGCUUAAAUACUGUAAGUAGAUUUUGGAAACAAUCUACAACGGACCUGUUUUGUUUGAAAGACGGACCUUUGGUACCACAAGCUCUUCUGAACACAUGUGCAGCAUGGAUAAACAAUUCUGAUGAUAACAUGGUAAAGCUAAAAUCAAUGAUGGCAUUGAUGGAGUAUGAUGUCAUCAUAAUACGUGUACAUGUGUAUAAAAUAACAGCUGUGGAGUCUUGCCUUUUUGCACUUAAAUGUUCAUGUGCAAUUCUUAUCCCAGUCAUGUCUAAGAGUGAAAAAUGGCCUCAUGUAAUGGGUAGAUAUGGGGUUUCCUUUUCUCUCUUUCUUUUUAUACCAUUAAUAAUUCAUACCAUUAAUACCAUUCUCACCUCAUGCAGAUGAUAUAUCAACACACACACACACACACACACACACACACGGGGUAGAAGUUUGAGUCAAAGGGGCU